AUGGAAGCCGAGCCCGUGGGCCAGAAACCCCCUCGGCGGAGAAGGGGCAGGGUCAGUGCUGGGACCAGCGCCAGCCGCUCGCCCCCGGCGGACAGCACCCCCGGUGGGGCCGCGUCCUGCAGCCGGUACCCACUGAGACGAGGCAGCUCUUUCACAUUUCUCACUCCAGGACCACACUGGGACUUCACUCUGAAGAGGAAACGCCGAGAGAAAGACGAUGAUGUCGUCAGUCUUUGCAGCCUUGACUUUAAGGAGCCAAGCAAUAAACGGGUCCGGCCUUUAGCGCGGGUCACAUCCUUGGCAAACUUGAUCUCUCCUGUAAGAAAUGGUGCAGUUCGGCGCUUUGGGCAAACAAUCCAGUCGUUUGCCCUUCGCAGUGACAGCAAAUCUCCCAGCUGUGCCCAGAAGUCAUGUAGCAGAUCCGCUGCGCCUACCCCUCCUAAAAGAAGAAACAGCGUCCUUUGGUCUGAGAUGUUAGAUGUCAACAUGAAAGAAUCUCUGAGCACCAAAGAAAUUAAACGCCAGGAGGCAAUAUAUGAGAUGUCCAGAGGAGAACAGGACCUGAUUGAGGACCUGAAGCUUGCCAGGAAGGCUUACCAUGAUCCUAUGCUGAAACUCUCUAUCAUGUCUGAGGAGGAACUCACCCACAUAUUUGGGGACUUGGAUUCUUAUAUUCCUCUGCAUGAAGAUUUGUUGGCGAGUUUAGGAGAAGCAACAAAACCAGAUGGAACAGUGGAGCAGAUCGGGCCCAUCCUUGUAAAGUGGUUACCACGACUCCAUGCCUACAAAGGUUACUGCAGCAAUCAGCUGGCAGCCAAAGCUCUGCUGGAUCAGAAGAAGCAGGACCGGAGAGUGCAGGACUUCCUGCAGCGCUGCCUGGAGUCUCCAUUCAGCCGCAAGCUGGACCUCUGGAGCUUCUUGGACAUCCCUCGAAGUCGGCUGGUCAAAUACCCACUGCUCCUCAAAGAGAUCCUGAGGCACACUCCCAAAGACCAUCCUGAUAUCCAGAUUCUGGAAGAAGCCAUAUCUAUAAUCCAAGGGGUCCUCUCUGACAUCAACUUAAAGAAGGGAGAGUCGGAGUGUCAGUAUUACAUUGACAAACUGGAGUAUCUGGAUGAGAAGCAGAAGGACCCGAGGAUUGAAGGAAGCAAAGCUUUACUGUGCCAUGGGGAGCUGAAGAACAAAAACGGGCAUAAACUCUACGUCUUCCUCUUCCAAGACAUCCUGGUUCUGACCCGGCCGGUCACUCGCAACGAGCGUCAGUCCUACCAAGUGUACAGGCAGCCCAUCCCCGUCCAGGAGCUGCUCCUCGAAGACCUGCAGGACGGAGAUGUGAAAAUGGGAGGAUCCUUCCGAGGAGCAUUUGGCAAUUCGGAUAAAGCUAAAAAUAUCUUCCGAGUUCGUUUCCAAGACCCCUCCCCGGGCCAAUCCCACACCCUGCAGGCCAACGACAUCUUCCACAAGCAGCAGUGGGUGAACUGCAUCCGAACCGCCAUUGCUCCCUUCCAGCGGACUGCGGCCGCCGCGGAGCUGAAGGAGCUGCCCGAGCUCAGCGAGGAGUCGGAGGAGAACAACCCCUCCGUGCCCAACGUCAGAGCCCAGAGGAGGCAGUCUGCCAUGUCGGGCAUCGCUGAGAUGGAGCUCGAUGAGAACGCGGCCGAGUGCGGCUCCGUGCUGGACUCAGAGGAAGCCAAGGGCGUGAAAACGCACAGAACGCUCCCUGGGCACAGGAAAACGAGGGAGAAGCAGCUGAGCAGCAAGAGGAAGGAAACGCUGGUGUAGAGAGGAGCCCAGUGCCAUCCUGGUGGAACUGUUUAUUUAUAAAUAACGUGUACAUUUUCCUUGUCAUGUGAGCAUGGUUGGAUUUGCUCUACUGAACAGAAGCGUCUUUUUUCUGUGUGUGUGUGUGUGCGUGUGUUGUAAUGGCAGCUACUGGUAUACAGUUAACACUGUUGAACUGGGGUCUGUUUUUUACAAAAGGGACCACUCGGCUUCUUGACCACUUCAGUGCAGAUCUUUGAAGAACACCCUUUGGUUCAGAAAGAUUUCCACCUGGGGUGAUGGAGGCUUCUAAAGUCGGUGCCAUCACCUGGAGCCUGGCAGGGUCUCCCCUUGCUUGGAUCAGUGCUGCAAGAAGUCCCUUCAAAGGGCACCGAAAGCUGAAAUCUGCCUUUUCUUUCUGUCUUCUGCACUGCGUGGUUAUCACCACCCACCCCACAAAAAAAAAACCAGACCCCAGCUUCAACGGGUUCUCCACUUACCUACUGGAAUCUUUCAUUUUAGUGUGUCCGUUUGUACAUUCCUCGUUUUCACUCAUGUAACCUGCCACGUAUUUAAUUUUUUUUUUUUUUUUUUUUUAUUAGUUGUUCCGUUUCAGGUCGGCUUGGGGUUUUGGUCUCGUUUUCUUUGGGUUUUCUUUUUUUUACUUUUGUACUUUUGUCGUCGUCGUCGUCACCGUUCCGUCUUUCAGACUUGGCAUUUCCUUUCGAGUACUCGAUCCUUCUUGUUCAGAGAUGCGCAAAUUGCUUCUCACGUCACUCACAGAACCGGGUCGGAUGGGAUGUAGGAAAGUUUUAGGCACGUUGCAAAGGGUUUGGGGAGGGAAAAGAGCAGCAGCUAGAGGGAAUAGAGGGAGCAAGAGUAGUUUUUUUGUUCUUGUCAAUGAAACGCCUCCCGCUGCCCGUGGGAGGCAGGCGUGGAGGCAGCCAGGAGGACAUUGCAUGUGGUAGAAAGGUAGAGAAAAGAAAGCGUAGAGAAAAAGCAAGCAGCUGAAGCUGAUGGGUUAAGGACAGAGGAGAUGGCGACUGUAUAUAGUUGUACAACGGCGGCACUGCCACGUUCUAGCGAUCCAAAGAUGCCCGUGAGAUGCCAGCUCGGAACCUGGGCUGCAAAGUGGGGUAGGAAACGAAGUUGGUGGCGGCUGUGCUGGAAGCCAAAGCGUCGUUCCUGCACUGAAGGCGGCACGGCCAGGACGGCGAUCCCGCAGCGCCCGUCCGUGAGCACUGCACAGAGCCGGGAGCGGGGCUUCUCUGUAAAUGUCUUUGUACAGUUUCAAGUGCCAAGUACCAUUAAAUUCCUGACGGCC